AUCAAUGUUGGAUUGAUUGUGUUUUUGUGAAAAAAAGCCUAGUAUUUGGAUAAUGAAAGCAAAAAGCGCAGCCCUUAAUGACUGCACGCGAACGCAGAUAUAAUAGUGAAUUAAAAAUAUUGCAUUUACUAUGACUACCUCGGAGGUGGAGAGUCGAAACGUCGCUUUAUCCGUGCGCAAAUCAGUGGAGAAUCUAGUAAUGUCAUCGCAGGAUGCCAUAGGGCAGAGUAUCAGCCAUGCCCUCACUUUCUCCGGGGUGAUCACACAGCCCAACCAGGGUAUGCAGGAAAACAAAAGUUCCUCACGGUCACCCUCCCCGUCGCUGCGACACACGGAAGGCGCUUUGGACAUCCUAGACAAUGAUAAAAGAAGCGACAAAAGCGAUUCGUCGCUGCAGGGCUCGUCGUUGCCGAACGACAUUCCGAUCGGCAUCGACGUUGUUCAUUAUCAAAGUAAAGACGGUUAUAAGAUAGCAUCACCGAACUCCGCGCGGGGCGGCGAAGGCGCGGGUGCGGUGCGCGUGAAGAAGAAGAGCUGGUACAACUCGCUGUACCCCACGUACAAGAGCAAAUGCGAGGACUUCCGACGCCUGUUCAAGGAGCUGCCCGACGACGAGCGCCUCAUUGUCGAUUACUCGUGCGCGCUCCAGCGGGACAUCCUGGCACACGGGCGCCUGUACGCGUCGCAGAACUACCUCUGCUUCUACGCGAACAUCUUCGGCUGGGAGACCAACCUCAUGCUCCAGUGGAAGGAUGUCACCGCCAUCACUAAGGAGAAAACUGCUUUGGUGAUCCCCAACGCGAUCCUGGUGUGCACGGUGAGCGAGAAGAGCUUCCUGACAUCGUUCUCGGGGCGCGACAAGGCCUACCUGAUGCUGUUCCGCAUCUGGCAGAACGCGCUCAUGGACCAGCCCAUGUCCAGCCAGGAGAUCUGGCAGUGGGUUCAUACGUGCUACGGUGAAGAGUUGGGGUUCGAUUCCGACGAGGAGAGUGGUGCUCCGGACGCUGCCGAGUGCCUACCUGUUGACGGCUCGUCUAUACUCGAAGCUUCAGAGGAGGCGGUGGACUCUUCGUCCAUGGAGGCUGGGGGAGGCGGCGGCGGUGGAGGGGAGUACCGCUCGGUCAGCCGCAACAACACCACGCCGCCACUGAUCACGAACGGCGACUCGGGGUUCCGCGAGCGCGAAGAGGCGGCCGACACUCUGCCCACCGACAUGUCGGACACCAGCGAGAGCGAGCCGGACAAACACCACAACAACAAGGACGAGGAGAAAUGCACGGCGUCGCACGAGGGCAAGCUGAUCCUUAACCAGGAGUUCCCGUUCAACAUCGACCAGCUCUUCACCAUGAUCUUCACCAACUCCAAGUUCAACCUGGAGCUGCUGGCCGCGCGCGGCACCACCGACUACGUGCAGGCGCCGUGGCAGCCGCAGAACGGGCUCAAGUGUCGGCAAGUCAGCUACACACUGGGCCUCACGUCGGGCCCUGUGGGGCCCAAGGAAGUACACGUCACUGAGACACAGGUGAUGAACAAGUGCAGCAAGGCGGGCGCGCUGUACUCCAUCGAGUGCACGAGCGAGAACGCGGGCAUCCCGUACGCGGACUACUUCAGCGUGCAGGCGCACUACUGCCUGGCGCGGCGCGGCGAGCGCGCGGCCCUGGCGCUGUACGGCCACGUCAAGUACAAAAAGACCAUGUGGCCGCUCGUCAAAGCAUUCCUGGAAAAAAGCGCAAUGGGAGGCAUGGAAGAGUUCGCGCGACUGCUCGAAGCGCGGCUGCUCAGCGCCGCGAGACCCGCGCCGCCGCCCGCCGCGCGCCCCCGGCGGAGAAGGCGGCGAGACGUAUCGCCACUGAGUCCCGUGGCCGCCGCGUCGGUCGCGCUGCCAACCACCACAGUGCUGUCGCCGCGGCUCCCGGCGGCGCAACCGAGUCGCGCCACCACCUGGCUGGCGCUGGUGCUGGUGUUGCUGCUGGCGGUCAACGCGGUGCUGUACUGGAAGCUGUACCACACGGACCACACGCGGAACAUGGACCUUAACCACUUGCACACGAGGAUGAGCUCGCUGAGCGAGGCGCAGGCGGCGGAGUGGGCGCGAGCGCUGGAGCGGCACUCGCACCGGCAGCGCGGCCAGCUGCUGGCGUGGCGGGACGCGCUGGACCGCACCGUGGCGCAUCUGGUGCAGACCGAGCAGGCUCUAACGAAACUUCUAGAAACAAUCAAACCAGCGCUAGAGAAGGCCGAACAGGAAGCAGAGCCGCGGGACGACCUCUGAGGCGUGACGGCGUAGCGUACCUUCCAGAAGGUUCUCCUGUGAUUUGAGAGCUGAGUACUCUAUUGGCUAUGUAGCUUAAUUUAAGUAGCCUCACACCGAGGUUUGGUUUGAGCAAACUUUUGUUCAAACCUCUAAUUCCGUUAAAUUCCAGAUUGGUUAAAUCUUUCGCCAAGUUUUAACAAACGUAUUACAAGGCUAGUCGCACAUUGCAAUCUUAAGUAGCUUAGGCAAUUAGAUGCGCGAGCAACUAAGUGAUUGCAUAAGCUACACUAGUAAGCGGGUGAUUCUGAAAUAAUAUACUAAACUUUUCAAUAUUUUUUAGCAUACGAGUGGAACACUCGUUGCCGACGCGUAACACACUUAGAGCAAAACACACAAACAUGGUUAAAUUUCAACGCUGUAAUAUGAGUAGCAAUGGUGUGCGAAGGCCAUAAAGCGUCAAAAUCGAUUGCACAAUUAUGUAUAUAACUGUAAAUAUAUGCGAACCUUAUUCAUUGCCCACCAAACCGUAUUGGAGGGUUGAAUCUAAAUUCUUAAUACAUGUCUUCUGUAAGAGAGAACGCUCGGCCUAGCAUAAGAUUAGUAGGCAGAGUGAACGUUAUGUUAAACAUAUACCAUUGUAGUAACAUUUUAAGUGUAACCGCUUCUCGGAUUUCCAUUACACCAGCCAAUAUAAAAUAGGGUUCAGCAACUAGUUGCUAAGGUUUUAUUAGAGUAGGCAAUGUGCGGCUAGCCUUAAAUCACGGCUUUCAGAAAUACGUAAUAUAUGAAAAAAGAUUUCACAAUUUGUGUUUAAAUUGUAUUUAUGUAUUUAUAUGCAGGAUAUUUUGUAAAAUAUAUUUCCAGUUAAGGUUGGCCGAAUUCCAAACUUUCCAUAGUAUGUAGUUCGUGAACCCUGAUGGGUAUGGUACUCAAUACAUAUGGUACUCAUCAGGGGACGAAUAUAUAAAAUAUUCGAGGAGAAUUAUUUUGAGUUAGUUGAAAUUACUGCAUUCAUUCCGUGAUCUUGUCGGUCGUUGUGACUUGUAAACCAUGCAAAUUCUUAGGGAGCUUGAAUUAUCAAGAAUAUUAAUGUCAAUACCAAGAGUUUUUUUUUUUAAUAUUUUUUUUCCAAAAAUAUCUUUUAGUGGUAAAUUGCUUGAUUUUAGUAAUGCAAUAAAAAACCUACCUGCA